GGUUGAGAUUGAUUGUGAGAAACUGUAGUGGUAGCCUAGUUCAUAACAGAGGUUCUGAAGGAUUUCUUUGAAAAGUAGUCACUUAGUUUUCACUUGGUUUUGGAUGAUCACUCUUCAUGGCUGUGAAGGGCCUUUGUGUUUGGAAAGGGCUCAUUUUAGCCUUUUUCUUGUUUGUUGUUGAUGGACAAAGAUUUCGUCUUCCUUUGGUUGAAGAGAGAUCAGGGCCGUUCUUCAUGGUUACGUUUCCUGCAGUGAUUGAGUCUGGCUCUGCCAGCAAAUUGUGCGCAAGUCUUCUGAAACCUCAAGAAAGUCUCACAAUGACCAUUUCUCUGCUUGAUGACAAAAAUGAGACCAUGCAACUUGUGCAACAGAGAUCUGCUUUUGGAGACUUUCACCGCUGCUUUAGUUUCCAGGCUCCUAGAGUAGAAGGAGAGUCGGUCCAGAAACUGCAGGUAGUAGUUCAAGGGAGGUCCUUCAAAAUGACAGAAGAGAGGAAAGUCAUGUUCAGACGCUACCUACCUUUGACCUUCAUCCAAACAGACAAACCCAUCUACAAUCCAGGACAAACAGUGUAUUUCAGGGUUGUUACUAUGGAUGCCAAAUUUGUGCCUCUUGAUCAAAUGUACAGUCUUGUUGUGGUGGAGGACAAUCGUAAUAUCCGGAUUGGUCAGUGGACAAAUGUUUCCUCAACUAGUUGGAUACUGGAGCUUUCUCAUGCUUUGAACCCAGAGGCUCAGAUCGGGAUGUACACACUGAAGGCUUUUAUUGGUGACCAAAUGACUUCCCAGGUUUUUGAGGUCAAAAAAUAUGUUUUACCCAAGUUUGACCUCACUGUAAACACACCCCAGAUGUACAGUGUUGGAGAUGUGGGGUUGAAAGUUGAGGUUUGUGGCAAAUACACCUAUGGGCAACCUGUACCUGGUCAAGCGUUGAUGGAAGUGUGUCGUGAACCAUUUCCACAUAAUUUUGUUCCUGAGGUGACUCGUCUGUGCCUGAAUAAAACUGCUAAGAUGAAUAGCACUGGCUGUGCCUCCCUUACCUUCAGUACGUCAACAUUUUUCAACUCCAGAUUUGAGAAUAAUUUGCAAGAUACACUUCUUGUUAAUGCGAGCGUCACUGAGGAGGGAACAGAUGUAGUCAUGUCAAAAUCUGCAACCGUGUCCAUUACAUUUGAAGCUGGCAAGGUCAUGUUUGUGGAGCUCCCAGAGUUCUUUGAUUCUGGAACAACAAUUAAUGGCAAGAUAUCCGCAACUUAUUUCAAUGAGACCCCAAUUGUGAGCAAAGUGGUCUAUGUUCUGGAUGGUAACCAGUGGCCCAACAAACUGCUGUUUAAUCUGACUACAAACCAGAAUGGACAAGCCACGUUCUCCCUUGACACUUCAGACUUUCCUAAAGCUGAUCUGAAUCUGGUGGCAAGCGCAACUUCACAAGUUGUUUAUGGUUACAAAUCGCCGUACUUCAGUACAGAUAUAAGGGUGGUCCGGCUUCUCCAAUCUGCUACUCCUGACAGCCCAUCGUUUAGUGAGCUGACUAUAUUGAAGCUUGAGCAGCCGCUGAAAUGUGGCACCACGUAUCCAGUGACUGUCAAGUAUUCAUUUGUUGGAGAGUCUGGUGACUACAGUGCUGACGUCGUCUAUAUGGUCUUGUCCAAAGGUGUGAUUGUCCAUCAUGGAUUUCAGAGGGUUCAAGCAAGGGCUUCUGAUACAAUCGCGAGCGGCUCUGUGUCGUUCCAGCUUUCUGUCAGUGUCAGUAUGGCUCCAGUGGUGCAGAUUCUGGCCUACUGCGUUUUGCCCAGUGAGAAUGUUGUGGCUGGUAGUGCAUCUUUUGACACUGAAACAUGUUUCCAAAACCAGGUGUCUUUGCAGUUCUCUCCUGCUACAGCUGUUCCUGGCGAGGGAAGCGUUCUGACUGUCUCUGCUCAAGCAGGAUCUCUGUGUGGUCUCAGUGCUGUAGAUCAGAGCGUCCUGAUCAUGGAGUCAGGAAGACGCCUCACUGCUGAAGUGAUGUACAACUUGCUCCCUGUGCGAUCGCUAACGGAUUAUCCAUUCGGUGUUGAAGAUGAACAAGAGUGUCUGAAUGUCCGAUCCCGUAGAGCUGUUCCUACAGACCAAGCCUAUGAAGUCUUUAAGAGUGUGGGAAUGAAGGUUGCAACAAAUCUGCCUGUCCGAGAACCUCAGUGUCUGACGUACCGAAGCCUGAAUUACUAUCGCAACUUCCGGGAUGUGAUGUAUUUUCGUCGUCCUGUAGCCUUUGCAAUGGCUGAAAUGGCUCCUGCUGCUGUAGGGGAGAGUGCUGGAGGUGACCAGAGUUCCUCUUUUGAUGUGACCGUCAGGACUGACUUUCCAGAAACAUGGAUCUGGCAACUCACUCAAGUGGGAGACUCUGGAUCUGCACAAGUUCCUCUGACGGUUCCUGACACAAUCACCACAUGGGAGACUGAGGCAUUCUGUCUGUCCUCCAAAGGUCUUGGUCUGGCUCCUCCCACUCUACUGACGGUCUUCCAGCCCUUCUUCUUGGAGCUCUCCCUGCCUUACUCCAUCGUCCGUGGGGAGUUUUUUGAGCUGAAGGCCACUGUCUUUAACUAUCUGGCCAAAUGCAUCAUGGUUAAGGUGACUCCAACACCGUCCUCUGCCUUCACUCUGAAACCAUAUCCUGAUCCAUAUUCCUCCUGUCUCUGUGCCAAUGGCAGAAAGACCUUUAAAUGGGUUUUCACAGCUUCUGUUCUCGGAACUGUAAAUGUGACGGUUAGUGCUCAGGCUGAACAGUCUUUAACUCCGUGCAGCAAUGAGGUAGUAACCGUGCCGACAAGAGGACGUAUUGAUGUAGUAACUCAAAGUCUACUUGUUCUGGCUGAAGGAGUUGAAAGGACCACCACCCAGAGUUGGUUACUAUGUCCAAGGGGAAAAGUUGUUUCAGAAGAUGUGAUGCUGAUGCUUCCGCCAAAUGUGAUUCAGGGAUCAGCCAGAUGCUCCAUUUCAGUCAUUGGGGACCUAAUGGGUCGUGCCCUGAAGAAUCUGGAUCGGCUAUUACGGAUGCCAUCUGGCUGCGGAGAACAGAAUAUGAUCGUUCUUGCUCCCAAUAUUUACAUUUUGCGGUACCUGGAAGUCACAGCGCAGCUCACCACAGCCAUCCGAGCAACCGCCACGGGAUACCUUCAGAGCGGAUACCAAGGACAACUGAACUUCAGACACAGUGAUGGUUCAUACAGCACGUUUGGUUAUGAUGCAUCCAAUACAUGGUUGACCGCUUUCGUCAUGAGGUCUUUUGGCUUGGCGAGGAACUUCAUCUUCAUUGAUCCACAUGUCCUCCAGAGCGCAAAGGACUGGCUGAUCAGUAAGCAGGGUUCAGACGGCUGUUUCAUGCAGCAGGGAACUCUGUACCACAAUGACAUGAAGGGUGGAGUUGGUGAUAACGUGACCAUGACUGGUUACAUUGUCGCAGCGCUGCUUGAACUAGGUGUUCCUCUAACGGAUCCGGUCAUUAGCAACGCUCUUUCAUGUUUGAGGUCUGCCGUUGGGAACCUGGGAAACACUUACACCACUGCUCUUCUUGCCUACACUUUCAGUCUGGCUGGAGAGACCAGCACUCGAUCACAACUUUUACACACCUUGGACAAUGUUGCCAUUUCUGAAGGCACUAGGCUCCAUUGGUCUCAAACCAUGUCUGGUGAUACUCUGGCAGUGGAGAUCAGCUCAUACGUGCUGCUAGCGGUACUCACUGUACAGCCUCUCACUAUGGCUAAUCUGGGCUAUGCUAACCGUAUUGUCAACUGGCUUGUGGCCCAACAGAAUCCCUAUGGAGGCUUCUCCUCCACCCAGGACACUGUGGUGGCUCUUGAGGCUCUGUCUCUGUACGCCACUCAAGUGUUCAACUUGGAGGGCUCCAGCACAGUUACCGUGCAGUCCUCACUGACAGGAGGAGACGUUUAUACCUUCGAUGUGACUCGGGACAACCGUCUGCUGUAUCAAGAGAAGCCGCUGAAUGUUCCCAGCAGAUAUAGCAUUAAAGUGAAGGGCUCCACCUGUGUAUCUGUGCAGGUUGCGUGUUUCUAUAACAUCCCGGCACGCGUUAGAUUUGCCAGAACGCUGAGUGUUGAAGCAAAGGUGGCAAGUGACUGCAAAACACAAGGAUCCACUCUCAUGUUGAACUUCACUGUGAGAUACACUGGUGCAAAACCAACCACUAACAUGGUUAUAGUGGACAUUAAACUCCUCUCAGGCUUUACUGCAGAUACAUCUCUGCUUGGAUCUCCACCAGAGUCAUUUGCUCCAUUAGUGCAGCGGGUCGACGUUGAAGAUGAUCAUGUCCUUGUGUAUCUGAAAGAGGUUCCCAAGGACAUCCCCAUGACCUACAGGCUACAACUGAAACGGGUUCUUGCAGUGCAGAAUCUCAAGCCAGCGGUCAUCAACAUUUAUGACUACUAUCAGACAAGUGAUACAUCUGAGACCACCUACACGUCCCCCUGUCCAUGAUUGUGCUUCAAUUCUGCCUACAAGCUUAAUGAAGGAAAUAAAAUGUGUUUUUUAUACAGUCA